UCCGGCUCCAAGGGACCUGGGCAGAAAGCAGCCUUUUAUAGCCGGCACUCCGCCGCCCCGGCUCACACCUACACACUGCGCUGCCGAGCACGGCGCCGCUGCCGGGACCCGCACCCCCGCCCGCCGCUGCCCAUGGCGCCGCUGCCCCCGCUCCUGCUGCUGCUGCUGCUGCUGCCGGCGGCCGUUUAUAAAGGCACUUUUGGGGAAACACAUUUGAGAAAUCGAAGAGGAAUUCUGGAAUUAGCUGGAGCCAUCAAAUGUACCACAGGGCGCUCUCCUUUUGCCUACCUACGCUAUGGAUGCUACUGUGGCCUGGGAGGAAAAGGAUGGCCCAAGGACAGAGUAGACUGGUGCUGCUUUCACCACGACUGCUGCUAUGGUAGGGCAGAACAAGCAGGCUGUCAACCAAAGACUGAAAGUUACCACUGGGAAUGUGAAGACCAUUCUGCUGUGUGUGACUCACUAGAAGAUAAAUGUCAAAGAAUGGCAUGUGAAUGUGACCGUGAAGCUGCCAAAUGUUUUUCUAGAGCUCCCUACCAUAGAAAAUACCUUUUGUGGCCAGAUUUUAUGUGUGGUGACAUUCAGCCUUUGUGUAGGUAUUAGACAUAUGAUGCUGAUGUAUUUAAAUCUAAAAUGACUUUUUGUCACAGUAAUGACAAGAAAUGAUUUUCCCCUUUCUUGAUAUUUCUUCAUGCCACCUCCUCCUCUUCACCCCAGAAUGGCCAAAGUAAACACUUUUCCUCUUAUUUACCUUCUCCAGUGCAUUUUUAUUGACUAAAUAGAAAUCUGAGUUUAUCAGUUUAAGGAGUACCUAACAACAUUCAUUUUGUUUAUAUUCAGAUUCACAGAAUCAUUCGCUGUGAGCUUUUUAUCCCCCUCCACUGGGGGAUAAGGUACAAAUCAAACUUCUCCACAAAUGUUUAUCUUMAUAUUUACUAACUUUGAACUGACUAGAAAAAAAAGCAUAAAGUGAUAGUGACAGCACAAAGAGCCCUCUCAUCUACAUUAAACACUUUYCAUAAAACCUAAUUUAACUGUUGUAUCUCAUUCACCUUAAGUAAUGCAGCCUGCAUUAAAGAAGGCCUAAAAUAAUUUCUUUUCUCUAGCAUUUACUUUCUCAGUGGUUUUCUAAACAGCUGCUUAUUUAAUAUGGCUCAAGCUCCUUACYCUAUGUACAUUCUGAAUUUCCUGUAAGCACAGGGAGUUCUCCCCUUAGAACUUUAGAGCCAGAUCUAAAAAUGCAAAAUGCAAAUGCAAACCAUCACCAAAACAGGACAUGAAAAAAWGUAGAAUUUGUUGGGACCAACUGGCUUUGCCACAAGUGUUUGAUCCUGGACAGCAAGAGUUCAUGAAGUUCAGAAGUGUAUAAACCUCAGCAGGAUGUAAAGAUGAUUUCACCUAGGGUCACUCUGUAGACUUUUUUUAUCUUUUGGGAAGAGAAAACUACCAUGAAUUGCUGAUAAUACACUGGUUUGUAAAUGCUAUUUUAACAGUUAYAGAGCCAGCAGUGUUUUAUGUUUACUUUCACCCACCUCAACGCACUCAAAGAUGUAGGGCUAGAGAACAGGUUUGCACAAGUUAAAGCUAAUGACAUGUGCUUCCAUAAAUCAAAACCCAAACAAAAUAACCCACCUCUAUAGCAACAGUGAAGAUUUCCAAAGAGAUCUUUAAUCUUGAAAAACAUUCAUAGGCAAAUUUAGUUCAUAUUACUGACACAAAUGAAAUAAACAAAAUAACAAACCAAUGCAGAAUGCAAGGGGACAAAGCUUUCGAAAAAUCUUAAUUUUUGCUUUAGUCAAAAGAACAUACAUUAACAAAUGUCAAUCUUGCUUACACAAAAUAACUUUCCAGGCAAGAUUUGCUCACAGAUAUAGAUGCACACAUUAUAUUGCUGUAAGUAAUUACAGUGUCAGGUCAC